UUGUCAACCGUGACAAAGUGUAUUUUAUUUUUGACUUUCCUCAUGUAAUCAAGUGCAUGAGAAAUAACUUGAUGGAGAGGAAAGAUGGAUGCUUUGUUGGUCAAAUUUCAUUCAGCAAGACAACUACUAGCAUCUGUAAGUUAUUAAUAUGUAUUAUUUCACUUUAUAAGAAUAUAUUUUGUAGGAGUUGGGGGAAAGAUGCGAGUCAAGUGAAGUGAAUUCUACUGGUGACUCACAAUCAAAUCAUUGGGGAAUUAAGAACUUGUACCUUUUCUUACUAAUAGAUUUUGAUCAAAAACUGAAUUUCAUCAAAUUGAUUUUUCUCAACAUUUUACUCAUUUUUGAAAAAUUGCAACUCGUACUCAUUGAAUACAGAGAGUUCCGAAUGAUCUCAUUCUAUGAGGAAUUUCAUAAUCUGGAGAAAAGCAGGAGCAAUUUUUUUUCUGUCCGAUCACGGGAUUUGGUGGAGAUAGCUCAAAACUGGAAAAUGAACAAAUUAAUGAUACAAAGUUUUUGGGCCACUCUGUAUCUAGCAAAAGGAAAUUGUGUAUGGAAAAAUUGGCUCUAGACUUCUCUUUUUAUGUAUCCAUACCAUAUUUUUAUAAAUUCAGAACUACAUGAAUACAACUAAGAUACUAAUAUGAAUUGCAAGCAAUGUAUAUAGUGACUGGACUAUUUUGCAUAUUAUGCUAACUUUUCUCUUUAUGCUGCUAAAUAUUAUUUGAAUAUUCCAGGGAGUUGGUGUAGCUGAUUGGGCACAUAUAAAAAUGCUUCACGACGACAGUCGAGCAGCCAAAUCAAGAGCCACUAAGCUGACAGAAAAGCCAGUUGCCUUCAUCUGCGCUUGAAACAGCAGAUUUUCUCCAGCGGGUCAAUAACUUAUUUGAUGUAAUGAACAGCAAGACCAAGUUCCACCCCAACCCGUAUAGAUGUGCUAUUACAUCAUCCACAAAUAGUCAUCUAAAAACACCGCUCUGUUCAUUGAUCGAAGACAUCAAUUGGAUUAAAAGCUUGAGAAUGGUGAAUGAGAGGAGAAGGCCACCAUGCUUGGACAGUGCAGAACAAUCUCUCAUGGCAACAAAAUUACUGUGGGAUGACCUGAGUGGAGAUGGGGUCAAGUACCUCCUAACUGGGAGGUUAAACCAGGAUCCCAUUGAAAAUGAGUUUUCGGUUGCUAGACAGAAGUGUGGAUUUGAAAGGAACCCCUCAGUUCGGUUGUUCCGUCAGAACCUGCGACACAGGAUACAGGCAGCCCUUAUCACACCACCAAUGGGGGCCAACUGUGAGCCUGAUGAGGAUGAACUCCUUUCAAAUUUAGCAGGUACAGAGGCUAGGUGUGCAAAUACACUAAACCAAGCGACAACCUCCUUUUCAGAAGAAGACAACAAGUCAAUGACUUGCACAGAUACUGAUGAGGAUGAGAUUGAGGACGAGCCUAAAUCCAUAGUAUCAUCCUUGGAAUCAUGCUCUGUUAGGUACUUUACUGGCUAUGGAGUUCGAGCCUGCUUGAAACAUUUCAAUUGCUCAGACUGCAAGAAAUCCUUGGUGAAGCCAUCAUCAUCAUCAGGACAUUCAGAAGAGGCUCUCAUCCGCAACAGGGAGUACAGUGAAAAUUCAAAUCUGCUCUACCCAUUGGACGAGACAGUAGAGGUGGUAGAUGCACUCUUGUCAGUUUUCGACAAAUGUUUAAAAAGAAGUGUGCAUGCUUCAAUGUUUAAAAGAAAUGUUUUGAUAAAAGCCAAGCGACGCAUUUUUAAAAUAAAUUCAAAUUGGAUGAAGGUUGACACUAAAUGUUACAGCCACAGGGACUUCAUACUGAGCAAGAUUCUUGUUGCAAAGCUCAAGAGGAGUCUCCAGUCAAUUUCAAAAGAUCUUCGCCAGCCAGGUGGAAAGUAUGGUGGAAAAUGGGAGAAAUUCAUCAAAGUUUCUAACCAAUAAUUACUUUCCUUGCCCUAUUACCAUAGGUAAGGAAAGAUUUGCUUUUCGAAAAAAAUUAAGGCACCCCAAUUUCUAUAUUUCUAUACGUUUCAAGGUCCCCUGAGUCCAAAAAAGUGGUUUUUG